AUGUCCCUCUCCCGAGAUGAUGUUCAGGCCAAGGCCUUCCAAGCCCACCACGAAGCCGUGAUCGAGCAAGCCAAGCUGGGCACCACGACGACCACUACGAUCGAGCCUGUCUUCAAGCCUCAUCAAGCUCACUCGCUCGAUCAAUCGCAACCACAAGGCUCGUCCUCGACUCAACGCAUGACCGAGAUCAAGGAUCAAGUAUCGGAGAAGGUUGGCCGCGUGGGUGAGGCGCUCGUCGCGCCCAAGCCGGCCGAGCAGCUCAACGAGACCGAAGCGAGCCUCACCAAUGUCGUCACGGGUUUCGCGGGAAGUAAGUCCCACUCUUUUACCGUGGUAUAGUGCUGUGGUUCAUCUUCUCGUUGCUCAAUCUGUCGGAUGGUUCUAUAUUUGUUGCAGUGGCGGCCACUGCUCCUCUCGUCGCUGCCGAAAAACUCGGGCCCAUCCUCACCCAGACCGCGAGCCAGGCUCAAGAGAUGGCAAGCUCGAUCGCGUCCGGUGCUACCCAAAAGGCCCGAGAGAUCGGUCAAUCUUCACGUGAGGCUAUGAGCAAUGUCGCACAGUCGGGGUCUGGCAUGGCUUCCGAUGCGGCGACUCGCACCCAAGAGACGAUGCAGCACGGUCUCGACAAGUCCAAGAGUGGUGGUGAUGCUGGUCUCGUUUCGUCCGUGACGAGCACAGCGUACUCCUAUCUCCCCGAGUCGAUCCAAUCCUACCUUCCCAGUGGUCGCUCCGGCAAUUCGGGUCCACCGCCACAACCCCAACAACAACGUCACGAAGGGGAAGAGAACAACAUGACCUCCUACUCUACGAUGCAAGGGGCUAGCGCCACGGGGACCAAGGCGGGUGAGACUGCUCGCGACGCCAACUUGGACAAGAUGGUCUAUGCGACCUCGUCGGCUGCCCAACAGGUUUCCGGCGCCGCUCCCUCGACCCAGGAUGCGGUUGUUGAUGUGAGGUAAUUUGAUUCAAGUUUAUUGACAUCAUCUGACCGAAGCGGUUUGACUUCCUGACCUGCAUAGACUGCGUCUGGCUCGACUCGCUCGGCAACGACGGCCACGAUGCACGGACAAGGAGACGCUGUGGGCUCUCAAAAGCACCCUACCUCGAGCUCAUCGAGCACCGGACAAGACCUCUUCAAUCCUCACUCGAGUGCUCCAGUUUCGAUGAUGAACCUCCAGAGCCAGCGCCCCGAAACCGUCUACGCUGCGCCUCUUGCAGCCAAGGAUACCGUUUCCGUCCUUCAAAGUGCCAGCGGCGGCCCUGCUCCAGCUGUGACUGCGGGCCGUGGCCACUCGACGACGAUCAGCACUCACCCGGUCGUUCAAGUGAGCGGCUUGCCUCCGAGUGCUGGUCAUCCCAAGGGAGCGAGCGACUUGACGUACGAUCCUACUUCGGCUUCGCGUCGUUUCCCGGCCCCUGGGGCGUCCGGUUCCUCUCGCUAA